UUAAAUCCGAUAUCAAAAAAAAAAGUGGUCAAGAAAAGUCAGACCUCUGUCCGUGUGGGUUCUAUCAGUUUGUCACACUCCGGAAAAAGAGAGGAGAAAGACUCACUAGCCUGGUAUAGAUUUCUCAAAAAAGAAAAAAGAAAAAAAAGCCUGGUAUAGCAAGAAGCAAUUUGCAGACUGCAGAGACUUCCUUCCACGCAUUUUAUUCCAUUAUAUAUUCCGAUCUUUUGUCAUCCUUUUGUGGAUUCUUUCCUUUCUAAAUCUGAGAAAAUGAUUUUGGAGACUGUGGGAGGAGCAUGCCUUUCUCCAUUGGUUCAAGUGCUGUUGGACAGGUUGGCUGUUCCCCUGAUCAUUAAUCUUUUCCAAAACCGGGAUUUCGAUGAGACACUCCUGGAGAGGCUGAAAAUGGUUCUGCUGACUGUUAACGCAGUGAUCAGUGAUGCAGAGGAGUCGGAGAUCACGAAUGUGGUGGUGAAAGACUGGGUCAACGAGCUCAAAGAUGCUGUCUAUGAUGCCGAUGAUCUGUCGUGCGAGAUCCAGACUAUAGCUUUGCAUUGCCAAUUGGAAGACGCUAAGGUCAACCGGGAUCAGGUAACAGGUCAAUUCUCUGCUCAUCAUCCAUGUUAUGAAGAUAUAAAAUCCAAGCUCUCACAUAAUGAAGAUUUAGAGUCCAGGCUAAAAAAGAUAGUUGAAAGACUAGAAUCUUUAUCCGAAAAAAUUGAUCUUCUCAAUCUAAAAAGAAGUGUCACUCGGAAACCACCAAUUAUGUUACCUAUGACUUCUUUAGUAGAUGAAUCUGAAGUAUUUGGUAGAGAUAAAGAUAAAGAAGAGCUAUUAAAAUCUUUGCUUGCUGGUACUGUAGCAGAAAACAGAAUCCCUGUAAUUGCAAUAGUUGGGAUUGGUGGGGUUGGCAAGACAACCCUGGCUCAACUUUUGUAUAAUGACUCAGGGGUUAAGGAACAUUUUGGUCUAAGAGCAUGGGCUCAUGUUUCAGAAGAAUUUGAUGUCUAUAAAGUAACCAAAAUCAUUUUCGAGUCUGUCACUUCAAAAAUUUGUAAUCUGACAGAUCUGAAUAUUCUUCAAGUUAGACUAAAGGAGAUAUUGACGGGGAUGAGAUUUCUACUGGUUUUAGAUGAUAUUUGGAAUGAGAAUUUUAUUGAUUGGGAUUUUUUGUUAAGCCCCUUAAAGGCUGGACACUGCAGCAGUAGAAUUAUUGUGACAACUCGUAAUCAAAAUGUUGCAUCAACCAUGGAGCCUCUUCUUACUUACAGGCUGCCACAUUUGUCAGAUGAAGCUUGUUGGGAAUUAUUUGCUAAACAUGCAUUUAAGACUAGCACCCCUGAAGAACAUCUCAUCUUAAAAAGAAUUGGUGAGGACAUUGCAAAGAAGUGCAAAGGCCUGCCUUUAGCUGCAAAAACACUCGGGGGCCUCCUGCAUCCUGAAGUGGAAGCUGAGCAAUGGCACGCAAUACUGAAUAGCAAGAUAUGGGAUCUACCUAAUGAUAAAAGCAGCAUACUUCCUGCUUUAUUAUUAAGCUAUUAUCGUCUUCCUCCACAUCUCAAACGAUGCUUUGCUUAUUGUUCAAUAAUUCCCAAGGGUUUCAAAUUUUACAAAGAAAAUUUGAUUCUCAUGUGGAUGGCAGAAGAUUUCUUGCAGCAGCCAAAAGGUCAAGACACAAUGGAGGAUGUUGGGACCGUGUAUUUUCACGAACUAGUAUCAAGGUCAUUUUUUCAAUUGAGUCCUGAUAAUCAGUUUGAGAUGCAUGACCUUGUCAACGAUCUAGCUCAAUUUGUGUCGGGAGAAUUUUGUCUCAAGGUUGAGGAUAGCAAGCCAUGUGGAGUUUCGGAAAAGGUUAGGCAUUUGGCAUUCUUGACGAACCGAUUUAAUGGCCCUGAGAAAUUUGUUCACCUUAGGGAACUGAAGUCUCUACGAACCUUCCUUCUACUAGCCUCUUCAAAUGGUAGUACCCGGCCUGCCUUCAGUCACAUAUUUCAUAAUUUGUGGUUGCAAAGUAACAAAUACUUACGGGUGCUUUCUUUUUCAUAUCAUGCGAUCAGUGAGCUACCUAAAUUGGGCAAGUUGGUACAUUUACGCUACUUGGACCUUUCUCACACUCUUAUUAAAGAGGUACCCAGCUGGACAUGUUCUUUGUAUAAUUUGCAGACGUUGUUGUUGUCAGGUUGUUAUCAACUCACCUCGUUACCAGCAAACAUUGGAGACCUCAUUAAUUUGCUUCAUUUAGAUGUGAGGGAAACCAACUUAACAAAUAUGCCACAGGGAUUUGGAAAAUUAAAGAGUCUCCGAGUGUUGACUAAUUUUGUUGUAAGCAAAGACCGUGGUGCAAAUAUCAAUAAAUUGGGAAAUCUUCCACAUCUUCGUAAGACACUCUGCAUCUCAAAACUGGAGAAUGUCAACGAUGCAACAGAUGCUUCAAACGCCAAAUUGAAAGAAAAGAAUCAUCUUAAUGAGUUAGUUUUCCAAUGGAACUCUAACACUCAUGAUGAACAAACUGAAAUAGAAGUGCUCAGAAAUUUGCAGCCUCAUGAAAAUUUGAUGAAGCUUACCAUUGAAAACUAUGGUGGUACAAGGUUUCCCGAGUGGUUAGGUGAUGCCAUUUUCGCUAACAUGGUAUUCCUACGUCUUACCAAGUGCAAAAAAUGCACGUCCUUGCCACCACUGGGACAGUUAUCUUGUCUUCAAGAGCUCUCAAUCUCAAAUAUGGGAGAUUUAAAAAGGCUGGAUUCUGGAUUUUAUGGAAAUCCCCACUUUAGAGCCAAGCCAUUCAGAUCUCUGAAAACUUUGUUGUUUGAGAACUUGCCACAGUGGGAACAUUGGGAACUGCUUGCCAAUGAAGAUGAACUCUUCCCUUCCCUCCAAGAGCUUCAAAUACAACAAUGUCAUUCAUUGAUUGGGAGCUUACCCAAGCACCUUGGUUCCUUGACAAAAUUAGUGGUUUCUGGAUGUAAGAAGCUCGAGGCUUCAAUUCUAAUGGCCCCAACUUUGAUAGAAAUGAAGCUGCAUGGCUUGGAUAAACUGAAGACCCUACCAGAGGAAUUGUUGAAAGGAAAUUCCAGUUUUCAUCAGCUGGAAAUAAGUAGCUGUGAUUCUGUUGGAUCCCUACCCCUAGGCUUAUUAACCAAGCUCCAGUCUCUUUAUAUUAAGGACUGUAACAACCUCAAGUUCCUUUCAAUUCAGAAUGCGGUUCUCAAAUUUCUUCAAGAAAUGGAAAUCAAGGAUUGCCCAAAUCUGGAAUCACUUCAUGAGGGGGGGUUGAACACCUGCCUCUGUUGUCUCCAAACUUUGAAUUUAUCUGGUUGCCCGAAGCUCUCUCAAUUUUCAAAAGGUAGUUUGCCCCUUAGCCUAAAAUCUUUGUGUAUUACCAAUUGCAACAAUCUCACGCCUACAAAGGAAUGGGGUUUACACGAAAUGGUCUCUCUCACUUGUUUUGAGAUUGAAGGUGGAUGCAGUGAUGUGGAAUCGUUUCCGGAAGAGGGGCUGUUGCCUAGCACUCUCACUUCUCUCCGAAUUAGCGGACUUCCAAAGCUCAAAUAUCUCAAAAAAGGGCUUGCAGACCUCACUUCACUUGAAAAGCUCGAUAUCAACUGCUGUGAGGAGCUUCGGUAUUGGCCUGCAGAGGGAUUGCCCACCACUCUUACUUCUCUUCUUCUUAGCACACUUCCAAAUCUCAGGCGCCUAGUCAGAGGGCUUAAGGACCUCACUUCGCUUACAAUGCUGGAUAUUAUCUGCUGUGAUGAGCUUCGGUUAUUGUCAGUAGAGGGAUUUCCCCCCAGUCUGCUUUAUCUUAAUAUCAAAAACUGCUCUCAGCUAGGCCCACAAAUAAAGGAAGAGAAAUAUCGAUCCCAGAUUUCUUCAGAAACCAGAGUAUGCAUUGAUUAGGGAAACACCGAUGGAAGCUGAAACCAAAAAAAAAAAAAUUGUUAAGUUGUCCAAUUCGUAGGAACCUAAGAUUGACCGGGAUUUUUAUAUUUGGUGAACACCCUGCAAUGAAGUUUCACACUUUUCACCACCUACAAAUUAACUCCAUCUACAGCAUGAGAACAUGAUGAGUCCUAGGUGCUGAGCAAGAUUUGUUCCAACUUGUUGGAUGUGAUUAGGACUCGUUGGAUUUUGUUUUUGUUUUUGUUUUGUUUUUUUUUUUUUUUUUUGGAGAAGAAGACUGUAGUAUUAUUCAAUAAUAAUUGCUGCAUCGGCUAAAACUACAACAUGGAGGUGUGGAAGAAUAUCCUCCAUCCACACUGAGAACUCGCUAACGUGUCUAGCAUUUCUAGUAAUGUUAUGAGUACAGAAUUACCUUGAUGUCUAAUAUGUUGAAAUUCAAUAGCACAAAUUUUUUUGCCAAGGACUUCACCUCUUUGAUCAAGUG